CACUGGCAGGCACACGAGUACUAGCGUAUAAUCCCCACUAGUAGGGCCACGAGCGAACCGGUUCUAUCACGAACAUGUCGACAUGUGCUAGUGUUUGUCAAGGAAAGGAAAACUGGAAAGGUAGAUCGAAAUCUGGCAGAAUGGAGGAAAGCUUAGCCAUUGAAAAUCAAAAGAGGUGGCAAAACAAAAAUUAUCAAGCUGCAGAUAACAGAUCCAAAUUUGCAGGCAAGGCAAAUAUUGAAUGCUUUAAAAGUCAUAAGUAUGACCAUUAUCGUUAUGAGUGCCAUGCUAAUAUGAAUAGAGAAAGUUCCAAUUUUGCAGAACACAAUGAGAAGAAUGAUGAUUCCUCUUUAUUCAUGGUCUGUCAUCCUAAAGAAGUUAGCAAGAAUGUGUGGUAUUUGGAUACUAGUUGCAGCAGCCAUAUGUGUGGAGACAAAUCUGCGUUUUCAGAUCUGGAUGAGUCUUGUCAAGACAAGGUGAAGUUCGGUGAUAAUUCCACUAUUGCAGUCAAGGGAAAGGGAAAGGAGUUUUGGCCAGAAGCUGUUAAUUGGAGUGUUUAUAUCUUGAACAAAAGUCCCACAUCUCCACUUCUAGAUAGGACGCUAGAAGAGGCUUCGAGUGAGCGUAGACCUGCUGUUGACUACUUCAGAAUUUUUGGGUGCAUAGCAUAUGCACAUGUGCCAGAUCAAAAAAGGAGUAAGCUUGAUGACAAAGGGGAAAAGUGUAUUUUCCUUGGUGUUAGUGAUCGGUCCAAAACUUACAGAAUAUACAAUCCUUUAACCAAGAAGGUCAUCAUUAGUAGUGAUGUAGUGUUUGAUGAAGCAAGCACUUGCUCUUGGAUAGAAAAAUCUAGGGGACAAAUUUCUGUAGAUUUCGAAAAUGGAAAAGAUUUGACUAUGCAGAACUCAAAAGGUCAGACAAAGCAGAUUGGAGAUUGUGAUCCUUUGACAUAUGAAGAGGCUAUUAAAGAAGAAAAGUGGCAAAAAGCCGUAGCAGAAGAAAUUGGUUCUAUUGAAAGGAACCAGACUUGGAAGUUGACAGAUCUUCUAGAAGGGCACAAGACAAUUGGUGGUUACAAGCAAGAGUUUGGCAUUGAUUAUCAAGAAGUUUUUGCUCCAGUUGCAAGGAUGAACACCAUUAGAUUGGUGAUUGCUUUGGCAGCACAGAACUCAUGGCCGAUCCACCAGCUUGAUGUGAAAUCAGCCUUCUUGCAUGGAACUCUGCAAGAACAUGUAUUGAUUGAUCAACCUCCUGGUUAUGUGAAAUCUAGUUUUGAGCAUAAGGAACUUCUGGACAGAUUUCAAAUGAAGAACUGCAAUUCUGUCACUACACCAGUUGACAAAGGUGUAAAGCUCGUGAAAGAUCUAAGAGGCAGAUUUGUGGACAACAAACUGUAUAAAUAUAUGGAGCAUCCAAAGGAGUUGCACUUGCAUAAAAGAAUUCUCAGUCAUUUACGUGGAACUAUAGAUUUUGGACUAUUCUACAAGAAGGGUGACCAAAUAGAUCAUGCAGGUUUUACAGACAGUGAUUUUGCUGGAGAUCUAGAUAAUAAAAAAAGCACUUCUGGGUUUGUUUUUAUGUUGGGAUCUGGGGUAGUUUCGUGGUCUUCAAAGAAACAGUCCAUUGUGACUUUGUCCACAACAAAAGUAGAGUAUGUGGCAGCGACUUCUUGUGCUUGUCAAGCUAUAUGGUUGAGAAGAGUUCUGGAAGAACUUGAGUUGAAUCAACAUGAGGCCACUUCAAUUUAUUGUGAUAACAGUUCAGCUAUCAAGCUUUCCAGAAAUCUAGUUCUACAUGGGAAAAGCAAGCAUAUACAUGAAUCAGAAAGCUACAAAACACUGAUUCGGCAGCACGUAGACCUACAAAUAAUACAAUCCAGACUUGAGAAAGGGCUGUAUUCCGAUUGUACCGCGAAGUUCUUUAGAGAUCUCCUACUUUUGUUCAACAACAUCACCAUUUUCUACCACAAAAGUUCUCAGGAACAUAUUGCCGCUCAAGAGCUCCAGAAAUUGGUCUGUAAGGAAAUGAUGACACUGUUGCCCACGAAACCAGUACAGGAACCUGCGACUUCUGUGAAAUUUGAACCUGACAAACAACGGGCUUCGCUUUCAAAACCUACCAAGUCUUCCACCAUGGUUGCUUGUGGUAAGCACAGUUCCAUCAAAGCAAUAACCGAGAAUGAUAGUAAGAAGGGAGAUAAAAAGGAGAGAGAGGUUGAGGAAAAGCCGAAGGCGAAUGAGAAGAAGGUUGAUGGUUCUCUAGUAGGGAUUGAUGAGAAGGGUAUAAGGAAGAAAAGGAGUAAAGAAAGAUCAGUAACGGGCCAGAGAAACUCUAGAACAAGCAACAAGAGUGGGGAGGUAAAGCAUGAGUUUGGUGGCAACGAGCUUAGCUCUCAUGAUACUUUGGAGCUUAAAACGGAUAAGCAAGAAAGUGUGGUGAGGAAAAAACAAGGUGCGGCAAGUUUCUUGAGAAGAAUGAAGCAGAAUUCGCCAAGUGAAGUGAUAGAGAAUGAUAAUGAAGAUAAUGAUUCAGAGGACCAGAGCAAAGACGGAAAAGGGGAGGAGGAGAAAAAACAAGGAACAACUGAAGUAAUGGCACAAGGAAAGGUUCGUGUCAGCUCAUAGAGCACCACCAGUUGCACAAAGGAUAGCUGCAACAACAUCUGUCGUGGCAAGUUUGGACCUAAAGCAGGUUCUCUAUGUGGUGGUGUCAAUUGUCUUUGAUGGAGAUCAGAAGAAGAUACGCACAGAAAGCUCACUCGAAGAGGAAAAACAGAGAGGAGAAAUUGAGGGAAAACAUGGAAGACAUAUGUAACCAUACACCUUCAUCUUAUAUCAUUUACUGACAUAUGGAGCUUGCUUUUCACAUUGUACAAACUUGAGUGGUUCAAAUUACUAUCUACCAAAGUACAAAAAGACCGAUUACAUCACAUGACUCUAAUACAUUUAACAUAAUUAA